AUGUGGGACAAGAGGGUCUCAAACUCCAACAAUGUUCUCCUCAGUUUCUUGACAAAGCCCAUGGGAAAAAUUGUUAGGCUUUCCAAUCGUUCACAACCCUUAAGAAUUGGUUGCAUGGACAAUUUAUAUGGAAGUGUUGAAAAUCUUGAUUUACAGCUUUUUCGAACAGCAGAAUGUCGAGACAUGUUGCUACAUCCCCGCAGUAGAGCUGAAGAUCUUUUGAUGAACCUGAAACUGAAAUACGAUCAAUUCGAGCCCUCCCGGUACUUUAAGUGUUCUAAUGAAUCUUGUCGCAGUCCUACACAAAGCUAUAGUUAUUACGAAACUGUUUGUUGUUGGUAUAAGGGUAUGAUGAAUGUGGAGAUCACAUUUAAAAGGAAAGAAACCGAGGGUGGUGGGAUUUUUGUUAAAGGACCAGCCAGAUUUAUAAUUAGUGAUGAUUUACAAGUGCUGCCCCCAUUUACUUCUGCAAUCUCUUCUUUAGUUGGGUUAAAUGGAUUUGCGGACUGGAAUACUGUAGAGGAGCUGACUUUUGAUGUAGGAGCCGAUGAGGUUUUGAAUGUGCUUAUGUGCCCAUUAGUAUCAAAGACACCUCUGUCCGAUACUCUCCUGAAGGAUAAAACCGUUCCAAACGUGAGCAUCGAAUAUCUUGAUAGAAGAAAUACACAUUGA